AUGGCAAAGUCCUUGAAUCACAACAGUAGUACAAGAAAUCAAUUGCAACGUACCCUCGACAGAACUUCCCACUCCCAGACCAACGUACUCGCCAGUUGUUAUAGCGUAAACGCCUUGACAUCUAUGAUUGAUGGCUUCCACUACUGCGCUACUACGGGGGCCGGUGAGAUACUCUUACACAGUGGUAUCCCUGAGGUCCCUCUGGGGCCAAAAUCAUCAUCAAGUCCUCCUUUUGAUCUCUCCAUCGCCCUAGGCGUGGAAACCAGUCGGCCGGGAAAUUUUCUACCGGAACAUAAAGAGGAGGCAGUGCAUGCUAUCCCGGGAGAGUGUGAGAGGCUCUUCUGUGACAAUUUGUCUUCGAUUUUCCUUGGUGAGAGGAGAUCUUCUAGACAAGAGUUACUUGGGGUGGGUGUGUCUCAAAGCCGACCGGACAACGCUAUGACCAACAAUGUAACAAUUGAAAAGUGGUUUGAGCUCUUGAAUUACACCAACGACACUAUCCAUCGAGGAUUUGUAACCAAUUUGAGUGGCGAGCAAACUUUGUUUGUUUUCUUUGCAGAGAACACACUGGGUCAUAGUCUAAAAACUGGGUUGAUCGCUCUCUUUGAACUUGCUCAUAUAUCUGCUUUUGGGUGUUCCCAGAUUGUUGCUUGCGUCCCCCGAUCACAUGAUGCAGUCGACCUGGAAGCUAUAAGAAACCUUGGCUGGUGUGGGUUUAAUCUAACUACUUUGCAACGGUGGAUUGUUAGGGGCGGACUUGACUGCUGUCUUAGUGCUAAGUGGCUUUUUUUAGAUGCUGAUGUUUAA